GAGAGCACGCGUGUGCGUAUGCGCUGCUGGUGUUGAAAGAGAGAAAGCAGGAGACUGAAAGUGAGAGAAAGACAGACAGAGAGAGAGAGGGGGGGAGCCGCAGGAGAGUGUUGCACACCGUCAGUUAUAAUAUGGCUGCGUGACGUAACCUAAGGUCUGGGCUUCUGUCAACAUUGCCUGGCGCCGUGCUAUAGAUGGGAUCGGAUCUGCCCGUCGCUGAUCCAGACACCGCCACAGGCCCGUUGUCAUUUCCGUGAAAGAAGUGACCGUGAAAACAUGAACGCCGUGACCGCCACCUGCUUGGUCGUCGCCGGCUUCUCUUAUCUCUACAGCAGCGAUUUGUUGUCGGCGCUGCGUGUCUAUGUUGCAGGGCGGCUGUUUGACGGCUCUCCUCCCGAGUCCACCAGCGGCCCCAUGCCGGAGCCGGGAGCCCAGCGGAGGAGCCCGCAAGGUGUCCCCUACGCCGACCUCCAGCACAUCGUCAACGCGGACGGACUGCACUUGUUCUGCCGCUACUGGGAGCCCAAGGGUCCCCCAAGAGCCCUGGUGUAUGUAGCCCAUGGAGCAGGAGAGCACUGUGGGCCCUACAAUGACAUUGCACAGAAAUUGAAGGAGCUGUCUCUGCUAGUGUUCGCUCACGACCACGUGGGCCAUGGUCAGAGUGAGGGCGACAGAAUGAAUAUCAAGGACUUCCAGGUGUACAUAAGGGACUCGCUGCAGCACAUUGAUCAGAUGAAGGCUCGCCAUCCCAACUUGCCAGUCUUCAUCGUGGGCCACUCUAUGGGAGGUGCCAUCUCCAUCUUGACAGCAUGCGAGAGACCCGGUGAUUUUGCAGGGGUGGCUCUGAUCGCUCCCAUGGUCCAGAUGAACCCAGACUCAGCCACGCCCUUCAAGGUGUUCCUGGCGAAGGUCCUGAACCACAUGCUGCCCAGUCUCUCCCUCGGCUCCAUCGAGUCCAAAUGGGUCUCACGGGACAAGAAACAGGUGGAGGCAUACGAUGCAGAUGAGCUGAACUUCCAUGGCGGGAUGCGCGUGUCGUUUGGCAUGCAGCUGAUGGGGGCGGCGGCUCGCAUCGAGCAGCAGAUCCCCUCCAUCACCUGGCCAUUCCUGCUUCUCCACGGCGACGCCGACAAGCUCUGCGACAUCAGGGGGUCCAAAAUGAUGUUCGACAUGGCGCCGAGCGCUGACAAGAAACUCAAGGUCUACGAAGGAGGCUACCACGCCCUACACCACGACCUGCCCGAGGUGGCCGAAUCGGUGCUGAAGGAGGUGACCAGUUGGAUCACAGAGCGCCUCCCUGCCACGCCACCACAGCAGAGCUCUUAGGCUUCGCCCACAUCUCCCUGCCACGCCGCCACAGUAGAUCUGCAAACCUCACCAACUCAGUGGCUCAUUCACCAUCCAGUAGUGUACAUUAAGAGUGUCCCCAGGUAUAUGGAGUGUACCCGCCUCUAUCUCUGGACAUUUUAAGUGUGACAAACCUCUUUUUCCGGAUAUAGGGACUAUAGAUACCUCUUUUGAC